CACCAAACUGCAAGCGCUGUCUCCUAAUGUGAACGGGUAAACCCACCACCACUACUACCAGGCCGCCCAGUCAAAGGUUCUCGACACCCAUCACAAUUCGAUACUUUACAUAAUCGAACAACACCAUCGGAUCAGACCGCAUCAACACCAUGACGGAAGAGGACAAUUGCCCUAGGGUAUCAUCGGCUGAAUCCGUAGCCUACACAGAUUCGUCAACCACAAAACAAAGAAAAAAGAGGAAGUGGGACCAGCCUGCAGAAUCAUUGGUUUCUGCGGGAAUAGCAUUACCUGGGAUUGUUCCAUUUGGUCAAUUGGGAUCUCUUGCUGGAAUUUCAAUUCCGGGUGUAUCUCCAAUGUUUGGUGUUUCUCUGAUGAAUCCGCUUACUGCUAGCUGUGAAACUUCACCACAGGUGUUUCCAGUGCCUUUAGUACAGCAACACACAGCUACACCGGUGCAGAAAAUGAAUCCACCAAAGAUCCAGGAUGAGUUGAUAGCACGAGAAAUUGUGAUUAAUGAUGCGGAGUCUACUGUACGCUACAAGCUCACAAAGCGGCAAACACAGGAAGAGAUCCAAAAGUGCACUGGUGCUGUGGUAAUAACUAGGGGCAAAUAUCGACCUCCAAAUGCACCACCCGAUGGUGAAAAGCCACUAUAUCUUCACAUUUCUGCUGGGGCACAUUUGGAAACAACAGCAGAAAGGAUCAUAGCAGUUGAUCGUGCCGCUGCCAUGGUGGAGGAAAUGCUGAAACAGGGUUCUGUAACCAAUGGGGUGAAGGUAACAAUCAGUGACAUGUAUCCAAAGAUUCGGUACCAAUAAGAUUUACAGAACGUAUGUGAUCUUUUAUUUGAGUCAGGUUACUCAGCUACUAAGCACAUGUGUGUUUUUGGGCUUUGACGCGGACCCAUCAUUGGACAUUGCUGCCCGUAUUCGGGGACCAAAUGUGAGCUGCUCUUUUCCCCUCUUCCUUUCUAUGAGUUUCAUUUCCCUUUUUUUUUUUUGUUUUGUGUUUUUUUUUUUUUUU